AAUCAUUUUUACCUAUUUUUAGGUGUCGUAGCAGCAUUAUUAGUAGCCGUGGUCGCCGUAGCGGCCGACGAUUCGUGUCCAUCAGACUGGACCCAGGACAAACUUCUGGUUCAUGAUGAUUGCAACAAGUUCUACAUGUGCAGAUUUGGUGAACCCGUUGAGAUGACCUGCUGGGGAGACCUUUUCUUCAACAUUCAUACCUGGGAGUGCGACUGGCCCUCGGAAGUAGAAUGCGGUGACAGGAAAAUUCCUGGACAAGAGCCUACGACUACUGCUGAGCCAGAAACAGAGCCGACCACCCCUGAGCCCACCACUGCUGAGCCUACCACCGAAGAACCUACAACUGCAGAGCCUACCACCGCAGAACCUACCACCUUAGAACCAACAACUGUUGAGCCUACUACCGAAGAACCUACCACUGUAGAACCAACAACUGUUGAGCCUACUACCGAAGAACCUACAACUGUAGAGCCUACAACCGAAGAACCUACAACUUCUGAGCCUACUACUGAAGAACCUACCACCGUAGAACUAACAACUGUUGAGCCUACCACCGAAGAACCUACAACUGCUGAGCCUACCACCGAAGAACCUACGACUGCUGAACCUACAACUGCCGAGCCGACCACCACGGAACCCACGACGGAAGAACCCGCAACACCCGCGCCUGGGUUCCUCGAGAACGGUUGCCCCGUGGACCCCCACAUCCACUGGCUACUGCCUGUGGAGGGAGACUGCAACGGGUUCUACUACUGCGUGUGGGGAGAACUGGUGCUGAGGGAAUGCGCGCCCGUCCUACACUUCAAUAGAGAACUUCAGUGUACAAGGCUAGCCGUCAUAGCAGCCUUAUUAGUGGCUGUGGUGGCCGUUGCGGCCGAGGAGUCAUGUCCGUCCGACUGGUGGGCAAAUGAUAAACUUCUGGCCCACGAAGACUGCCAAAAAUUCUAUAUGUGCUCAUUAGGCAAACCAGUAGAGAUGACCUGCUGCUGCGACCUUUACUUCAACAUUGAAACCGGACAGUGUGACUGGCAGUAUAAUGUAGACUGUGGUGAUAGAAACAUUCCAGGAGAAGAUGCUACGCGUACGCUUGAGCUAGAAAUAGAUCCUACCACUUUAGAAUCUACUACCACUGACCCUACAACUGCUGAGUCAACUACUCCUGAGCCAACGACUACGGAACCCGCCACUUCAGAACCCACAACCCCUGAACCUACUACAACGGAACCUGCCACUUCAGAACCUACAACCCCUGAACCAACGACAACGCAAUCCACCACCCCUGAACCUACUACAACGGAACCUAUCACUUCAGAACCUACAACCCCUGAACCAACGACAACGCAAUCCAUCACCCUAGAACCCACAACCGCUGAACUAACGACAACGGAACCCACAACCCCUGAACCAACGACAACGCAAUCCACCACCCCAGAACCCACAACCCCUGAACCUACUACAACGGAACCUACCACUUCAGAACCUACAACCCCUGAACCAACGACAACGCAAUCCACCACCCUAGAACCCACAACUCCUGAACCAACGACAACGCAAUCCAUCACCCCAGAACCCACAAACCCUGAACCAACGACAACGGAACCCACCACUCCAGAACCCACAACCCCUGCACCUACAACAACAGAACUCACCACUCCAGAACCCACAACCCCUGCACCUACGACAACGGAACCCACCACUUCAGUACCCACAACCCCUGCACCUACGACAACGGAAGCCACCACCCCAGAACUCACAACCCCUGCACCUACGACAACGGAACCCACUACUCCAGAACCCACAACCCCUGCAUCUACGACCACGGAACCCACCACCCCAGAAUCAACAAUCACCGAGCCUACAACCCCUGCACCUACCACCGUGAAACCCACAACACCUGCGCCCGGGUGGCUCGCGAACGGUUGCCCCGUGGACCCCCACAUCCACUGGCUGCUACCUGUGGAGGGAGACUGCAACGGGUUCUACUACUGUGUGUGGGGAGAACUGGUGCUGAGGGCCUGCCCGCCCACUCUUCACUUCAAUAAGGAUCUCCAGGUCUGCGACUGGCCAGCAAACGCUGGUUGCAACUCUUCUGUACCUACAACAACACAACCCACCACUCCAGAACCUAAUGCCACUACGCCCACAACCCCUAAAGAUACCACCGUGAAACCCACAACACCCACGUCUGGGUUCCUUGAGAACGGUUGUCCUACGAACCCCCACAUCCACUGGCUACUACCUGUGGAGGGAGACUGCAACGGGUUCUACUACUGCGUGUGGGGAGAGCUAGUCCUGCGAGCCUGCCCGCCCACUCUGCACUUCAAUAAGGAUCUCCAGGUAUGCGAUUGGCCUGCAAACGCUGGUUGCAACUCUUCUGAACCUCCAACUGAAACGGUACCUACCACUCCAGAACCUACGACCACUGAACCUACGACCACUGAACCUACAACCACCCAACCCACAACCCCUGCACCUACGACAACGCAAGCCAACACCCCAGAACCCACAACCCCUUCACCUACGACAACGGAACCCACCACCCCAGAACCCACAACCCCUGCAUCUACGACCACGGAACCCACCACCCCGGAAUCCACAACCCCUGCAUCUACGACCGCGGAACCCACCACCCCAGAACCCACAACCCCUGCACCUACGACAAUGGAACCCACCACCUCAGAACCCACAACCCCUGCAUCUACGACCACGGAACCCACCACCCCAGAAUCCACAACCCCUGCAUCUACGACCGUAAAACCCACAACACUGGCGCCUGGGUGGCUCGAGAACGGUUGCCCCGUGGACCCCCACAUCCACUGGCUGCUGCCUGUAGAGGGAGACUGCAACGGGUUCUACUACUGCGUGUGGGGAGAACUGGUCCUGAGAGCCUGCCCGCCCACCCUGCACUUUAAUAAGGAUAUCCAGGUCUGCGACUGGCCCGCAAACGCGGGAUGCAAUUCUUCUGUACCUACAACAACACGACCCACCACUCUGGAACCUUAUUCUACUACGCCUACAACUCCUAAAGAUACCACCGUGAAACCAACAACACCCACGUCUGGGUGGCUCGAGAACGGUUGUCCUACGAAUCCCCACAUCCACUGGCUGCUACCUGUAGAGGGAGAUUGCAACGGGUUCUACUACUGCGUGUGGGGAGAACUGGUGCUGCGAGCCUGCCCGCCCACUCUGCACUUCAAUAAGGACCUCCAGGUGUGCGACUGGCCCGCAAACGCUGGUUGCAACUCUUCUGAACCUCCAACACCUACAACCACCCAACCCACAACCCCAGCACCUACGACAACGGAAGCCACCACCCCAGAACCGACAACCCCUGCAUUUACGACCACGGAACCCACCACCCCAGAAUCCACCACCCCUGCAUCUACGACCACGGAACCUACAACCCCAGAAUCCACAACUCCUGCAUCUACGACCACGGAACCCACCACCCCAGAACCUACAACUGCCGAGCCCACAACCCCUGCACCUACCACCGUGAAACCCACAACACCCGCGCCUGGGUGGCUCGAGAACGGUUGCCCCGUGGACCCCCACAUCCACUGGCUGCUGCCUGUAGAGGGAGACUGCAACGGGUUCUACUACUGCGUGUGGGGAGAACUGGUCCUGAGAGCCUGUCCGCCCACCCUGCACUUUAAUAAGGAUAUCCAGGUCUGCGACUGGCCCGCAAACGCGGGUUGCAAUUCUUCUGUACCUACGACAACACAACCUACCACUCUAGAACCUAAUGCCACUACGCCCACAACCCCUAAAGAUACUACGGUGAAACCCACAACACCCACGUCUGGGUGGCUCGAGAACGGUUGUCCUACGAACCCCCACAUCCACUGGCUGCUACCUGUGGAGGGAGACUGCAACGGGUUCUACUACUGCGUGUGGGGAGAACUGGUGCUUAGGACCUGCCCGCCCACUCUGCACUUCAAUAAGGAACUCCAGGUCUGCGACUGGCCCGCAAACGCUGGUUGCAACUUUUCUUUACCUACAACAACACAACCCACCACUCCAGAACCUAACGCCACUACACCCACAACCCCUACACCAACCACCGUCGAACCCACAACACCCGCGGCUGGGUUCCUCGCGAACGGUUGCCCCGUGGACCCCCACAUCCACUGGCUGCUACCUGUAGAGGGAGACUGCAACGGGUUCUACUACUGCGUGUGGGGAGAACUAGUUCUGAGGGCCUGCCCGCCCACUCUGCACUUCAAUAGGAGAAUUCAAGUUUGUGACUGGCCCACCGAUGCUGGUUGCGUCACAGCGCUGAACAAACACAACAUGGGACAAUACUCUAGACUUUUUGCCACGGAACUUUUCAAGGGCAUAACAAAUUCAAGAAUCUGAACGGAUGCAUAAUUUCGAAAGCGACAAACGCUUUUCAUUUCUUACAUUAAUUAGGUACCUGCAUAAAAUUACGAAAUCGCGAAACAAAUACAACGGAUUAGGAAAGUGUUA